AUUUUUCUUGCUUACUUUACAUGAACAGUAGUCGUUUUAGGAUGAAUUACUGUUCCCUGAUUGAACUCUCAGGAGGUUAACCACGUUAUUCUAGUCAACACCCAUCAAUAAAUCAAAGUCUCGCCUGACUCCUAGUGUAUCUAUCUAGUCUUUUCGGUUGUUCAGAUUCUACUUUUUCUUGGACUACAUCAGACUCGUCAUAAUCUAAAAAUUAUCAAGUAUUUUGUCAAAAUGUCUCUUCUCUGAGUCCAGGUAAAGAGGCUCCCACUGAGGAGUAGUCAAAGGUGCAAUGAGCAAGAUUAUGAUUCUUGGUCUUUGGAACUUGAAUUCAUCUAUAUGUAUCAACUGUUUCAAUAAGUGCUGAGUCAUGGGGUAUGACUAGUGAUCAUGGAUGGCUUGCUGUGCGUCCAUGUCGCCUAGUCACGAGAAAGGUAUGAAAAUAUUGAAAGCUGACUUGGAGCUCCAGCUGGGUGUCCAGUCCACAUGUGGAAACCUCUAUUUUUGUUUCCAGACCCAAUUCUUAUACAGCUUCCAUGAGUUUUUGGCCUUCGGUUCAUUUAUAAUUCUGGUAGUCCAGGAGUUUGUCUUAGGAGUGUAUGAUCCGGAGGCAACAGCUGCAAUUAACCAAAAUCUUUCUGACAUUUCUACAUUGAACGAUCCUCGCUCAAAGGAUGCCUCACAAAGGUACCAUGCUCACCAAUAUACUAAUGGAACCACAUGUGAUCUAACAGAUAAGUCAAGAGAGACUGAGGUGAGGUUUGUAUGCUCAGAACCCAGGGCAAUGAUCAGUUCAAUCACAGAUUUCAACUUGCAAGUAUGCACUUACAGUUCAAGUCCCUAUACUAUGCAAGCAUCCAUUGUUUCAAGAGGAGAGACCGAUAUGGCAUACAAUCGAUUGUAAUGUGCUUCCAAAGGAUUACAAGGAUACUAAAGUGAGACAAGAUAACAGAGAUGCGGAGAUUGUUAUGGUUACAGAUUGUUAUGACACAAAAUGGAAAAAAAAAAAGAAAAA